AUGUCGGUGGUGGAAGAAAGUUCGCAGGAGGUUUUGGAUCAGCAGAGGACAAUAGAGGGCGAGGAUGGUGUUCUUAUCAAUCACAAUGUCGGAGAAGACGAUUCUUUGAAGGGUCACGAAAUGUUUAAUAUUAUCACAAACGCUUCUUCGGAUGUGAAUCACCAGAAACGCAUACUGAAACCCCGAGAGAUUGAAAAGACAUUUCGCAUAAUGGCCUUUCGAAAACUUCAAAGACAAGUGAUGGGACGUUAUCAAAAACGAUCAAAAUUUCGACUGUUUUGGAUCUUUAUGUUUGUGACGGCCUUCUCAUCUUUGAUGGGUGUUGGAUUGACCAGGGGGUUAGUCAUUGCCACGAUAGCCCUUCUGAUAGUAAAUCACGGAUCGCCGAUAGAAGAAGGUUCCACGGUUAACCUUGGGACCAAAAUCGUUUUCGUGGUUCUUGUUCUUCUCGAAUUUUUGACACUCGUGAUCUGGGCGAUCAUUCGUUUCGCAUAUCCUCAAAUCGUAAGAAACGCCAUUUGGUUGGACACCGUUUGGUGGUGGAUGAUCAAAGAAGCGACCACCGAGAACGUUGAAAAUAAGGCUGCAGGAGAGGUGGACGAGAAUGGUUGGCCGCAUGGGAGAGGUGAAUGGGUGGACGAUUCUUUUGAUGGAGAGUGUCUCAAAGGUAUUUGGGAACAUGGUGUGCCUGUCGGUCCGUUCCAAGCAAGGGCUUCGGGAACUGGAGAUGCGUUUCACGCCAUUCGCGUUGGUUUCGUGAGAAAUCGUCACACGCCCUUUGGAGAAACGAGACUUUUUCCAAGACCUUUUAAAGGCGGCCUGGAUAUUGGCGUGGCAACGGUUGAAUGCUCGGUUUCUGGAAAAUAUCUGAAACACCUUCCAAACGCAAACCUCAUCAUUCCGCAGGAAUCUCUCUCUGAAGUCUAUUGUAACAACAUUUCCGAUGGUUCACCCGACUUCGCAUCGAAGAAUUCACCAUCGUACACUUCAUUGAUCGAACAUUGCCUUAAAAAUAUGACCAGAUUCGGAGUCGCGAUGGGAAUCAAAGAAGAACACAUGGUGGUCAUACGCUUUGAUGAUGAAAGAUAUAACAUUACGGGAUACCAUCCUAUCGGUGACUCCGCGUCAAGAGACCAAAUCGUUGUGAGGAAAGUGCCGAAAAUUAGAGAAGAGGAGUUGAGCAAAGGUUCGCUGGAGAGUAUCGAGUAUACUUUGGAAAUCGACGGAUGGGAGCAAUCGAAUGGUCUUAACAUGACAUAUAAGGAGGUCGCGCUCAAGUAUGUCGAAGCGUUCGAGAAGUUAUUCACUGUACGCCACACCUCACAACAAAAUCUCCGACCGGACAACUCACCUGAAAUCACAGAGUCCAAAUCGACCCUUGAUGAAGACCCCCCAACCAUGAAACUCUCGUCCGUAACCCUUCUCAAUCCCGACGCAUCUUUGGAUUCAUUCGCGAGCCACGACUACCCGCAGCUCUACAAAUAUUGCGAUCACAUCACCGUUUACUCCAACUCCCGAGAUUUUGCAUUAAAAAUGGAAGAGUUCUUUAGUAGAUCCCGAUCCUUGGGUAGAAAAACCGACGAUAUCUACCACAAUGGAGGGUUGAUAGAUGUUGAUUUGAUUGAUACCACUCAAUUGGAUGUGAACAUCCAUAAGAUGAGACAUAACUUUUUUAAUUUGAACAGAUUGCUGGUAGAUGAUCUGUGUGACAUCAUCGUGCUGGGGAAAAGAGCGAAUGAGAGGAAGUCAAGGUUGAGUAGAAGAGAGAGAGGCGGGCGAGGAGGAAUGGUGUAUACAUUUUUGGUGGCACCAAGCUAUGUCGUUAAUAAAUAG